AUGCUGUUCCCUUGGACUCCUAAGGAUACAAGAAGGAAACAUGCGGAGCCCAGCCUAAAGCCGACCUGCCGCUACCUCCAGGCACAUGCCAAGCAGGCGGAGCGAGACCUAGCUCGGGAAAGAGAAAAGCUGUGGAAAGAGGUAGAAGCGGAAAGGACCUCCUUACACGCCGAGUUUGAUGUGGAGCGGGCCGCCAUGCGCAAGGAGAGGCGACGCCUCGCGGAAAAUGCAGAUCGGCAGAGGCGAGAGGGCUUGCCUACACAGUUUUGGCCUAUCCUUCUCGCUGUCUCAUCAUAG